GGCGCAGUCACGGUCUUUUGAGCGCUUAAGCACUCGGAACGACUGGCGGGGCGCCGGGGUCCGGCUUGCCUAUUUGCCCUCAUAGCCGCUGGGGGAUGAGGCUGAUGGCCUUCGCGAUCCUCCCUUCUCGACUUCGCGACGCACGCGCACUGCAGAACAUUACAGAUCCAGUCCCCGAGAGCCCGCGCAGCGCUCUGAUUUUCCAAACAAGGUGACGCGCUUUCCAGCCUGCAGCGCGCAUGGCGAACGUGCAUCGCCACGGCUUCACGAGGCUGUCUGGCGGGGAUGGGAACGACGACCAGUGUAGCCUAAAUAUAUUGUUCAUACACGGCUUCGAGGACAUCCUCGAGGAGUGGCGGCGCGACAGAAAAGCCCAAGGGCUUCAGGUCCUUGUUCAAGCGACGAACAGCUGGGUCUCCAUCAACGAGCACAGAACAAGCGCAAGCCUCCUCCACCAUCUCCUCCUCGUCGUCACUGCCACCGUCCAACGUCUUCUGGCCAGAGGAGUACCUCGCGUCGGAUGUACCUCAGGUCCGGGUGUGGACGUACAGAUACGACGCAGAUGUUAUUGGGGGCCUCUUCCAGGCGAACAACAAGAACAGCAUCUCCCAGCAUGGCCAGGAUCUAAACCAAUCGCAUUCGUGGUGCACAGUCUGGGUGGCAUCAUCGUUAAAGAUGCCGUUCGUCGAUCAGAGAUAGUCCGCGAUCAGACAAAGCUCAUCAUCUUCCUCGGGACGCCGCAUCGAGGCAGCGCGUAUGCAGGCUGGGGCCAGAUCGCUUCGAACCUUGCCCGCUUGGCCCUGCAAGGCUCGAACAAGAAGCUUCUCGAGACGUUAGAGGUGAACAACGAAGUUCUGGACAAUAUUCACGAGGAAUUCAAGACGAUUGCGUUCAAGGGAGCUUUUAAGAUUCAUUCCUUUCAGGAGGCUCGGGGCAUCGCUGGUAUAAAAGGACUAGAUGAAAAGGUGGUGGACGACUUCUCGUCGAAGCUCGACCUCCCACGAGCGCUGGAGACUGUUGAGAGCAUUAAUGCAAAUCACAUGCAGAUGGCUAGAACCAGAUCCUUGGCCGCCGUUGCUGACUUCGUCCCAUCCUCAACGUCGUAACCUCUUUCUCCUACAGGCGGUGGUAAGUUGAAAUGAAGUCUCUAUCUCUUCCCUUCGUUCUAUGACGACCUAGCGACGAUCAGUUCCUUCUAUUCCGCCUCGCCCUCUGACGCCCUCUCUCCCUUGUCUAACUCUCGGCGUUUCGUCACCACCUUUGGUGGGCAAGCUCGCACAUCGCC